CACCCAUAAGGGCUUCUCCUCGCUGGUCAAAGCCAGCGUGCUGUCCCGUUUGGGCCAAUCAAGAGCGCAAUUGCGGUCCUGCGUGACACACUUUUGCCAUCAGUUUGGCCACCAUGCCAUUUUUCUAAAGGGCGUCUGCACAUAAUUGCAGCUCCCGUUGCACUUUGCAUAUGCAUGAUUGGCUGCAUAGCAUAUGACCAGGUCGAAGUCGAAAGCAAAAGUUGAAAGUUUCAAGCUGCUUCAAGCGGUAUGUUUCCUCCCUGAGCACUUUGUAUAUGCUACUUAGCGUGAAAUAUCUCAAUUUUGAAAGCUGAAAGAGUGUGGAAGCAGUCGCUUUUACAUUUGCAACUAGCAUUUUGUCGCAAGUUCGCUAUGGCGUAUAGCCCGCAAACAGCGGCUCACCAAGCCGCGCUGAUGCAGCAACAAUACCAGCAGCAGUUGCAGCAGUACCAGCAGCAGUAUCAGCAGAACCGGGCGCAGCUAGCUCCGCUGCCGCCUAUCAGGCAGCAGUAUUACCCCAGCGCUGGGGGAGCGGGGUCGCCACAGCCGGCGUCACCGCUCUCUCCAGCUGGAAGGGCCUAUAGCGGAUACAGCGCCCCGCCGCAGCCGCUCCUGCCGUACCAGCAACAAGCCGGACCGCCUCAGGGCGCAGUCUACGCCGCGCUUCGUGCGUCGCAGCAGCUGCAGCAGCCGGCGCUCGUGGCGCCGCAGGUGCCACAGCAGCCGCACCCGCUCGCGCCGGUGCCGCCCGCAACAGCGGGCUUCGCCACCACCGGCUACGCGGCGCCGUCACUCUCACCCGACGUCGCCGCCGCCACAGCCGCCUCUGCUGCCACCGCCGCCACCGUGGCUCAGCAGCAGUACUUCGCCCUGGCGCAGCAGCAGCAGCAGUUGAUGCGCGAGGCCGCCGCGCAGGCGGCGCUGCAGGCACCGGCGGCGCCCCCGGCCGUGCUUGCCGCCGCCUACAUGACGCCCCAGCAGCAGGCGGCCAUGGGGCUUAACCCAGGUGCCAUGGGCUACGGCGCCGGCGGGGCAGCGGCGGGUUACUAUGGCCAGGGCAUGGCCGGCGGCGGCGCGGCAGGCGCCGGUGUUAUGGCCGCCAACAUGGUGGGCUCCGCUCCUGCCGGGGCUCCGGGGGGCAUGCAGCCGGGCGCAGCAGCUGGCGUCAUGCAGGCGCCGGGGCAGCAGGCGAUGGCGGCGGCGGGCGGGUACGCCGGGAACCUGGAGGCGUUGCCUGGCGUGGUGAUCAAGGAGACGACGCAGGUGGUGGACGCGGUGAUGGCGCGUGUUGGCGGCGCCUACGAGGCAGCCAACAAGUACCACGUGCGGGCGCUGCCCGGCCACGUGCGGGCCGCCACGGAGCCCAACCAGCCCGGCACGUGGGCGCCCAGCAGCAAGGAGGUGGACAUGCUGCCCGAGGUCAUGUUUGUGCAGGAGGACUCCUCAUGUUGCCUGCGCGUGUGCCUGGCGGCGUUUGGCGGCCUGAACCUGCGCGCGCUGCAGCUGCAUAUGUAUGAGGGAAACACCGAGGCCGUGACCGUGGAGCGCCCCUGCAAGAUGGGUGCUGGGUGCUGCUGCCCCCUGGAGAUGACCAUCAAGAGCAGGGGGCAGCAGAUCGGCAUGGUUGUGGAGGAGGCCGACAGCUACUGCGGCAUGUGCUACCAGCAGUGCUGCACCUGCACCUACACACACAAGGUCAUGAUGGGGGCCACGCGCGAGAGCCUGGUGCACAAGUACUCGCUCGUGGCGCCCACGUGCUGCUGCGGCCGCGUCAACAACUGCUGCGGCGCCACCUGCUGCAAACCCAACCUCUUCAUUGACGUGGUGUCGCCGGACGGCAAACUGAUAAACGCGGUGCAGAAGACGUACGGCGGGGGCGGCAGCGGCGACUGCUGCCGCUGUGUGUUUGACUUCAGCAACUACGUGCUGACCUUCCCGCCGGGCUCCAGCCACCAGGAGCGCCUGGCGCUGCUUGUGGGCGUGCUGUCGGUGGAGUAUGCGUUGUUCAGCAGGAAAGGCGGCGAGAACAAUGACAACAACUGAUGAGGGUAGAUUGUGGUGGAGCAGUCUGGGCUGGGCUGAUGAGACGGAGGAACGCAUGCGUGAGGAGCGGAGAGGGGAGGAGAGGGAGGGAAGAUCGCCAGCUGGCAAGCACUGCAGGAGGUCGCGUGUUGGCAUUGCAAUGCUGUGAGCACCGCGUGCAUUGGGGGGUUGCUGAAGAGGGUCAGAAAGUGAGGCGUGCUGUGGUGCUGUGUUACUGGUACGGUAGGUGU